CCUCCUGUUGUGAGUAUUCACCGUCCAAUUUCCUCUUACUCCCUUCCGGCGCGUUGCACACUCGCCACAAUGCUGCACAACAUCGUCGACGCGGGCGAUGAGGACCGCGUCGUGGAGUCCGUCUUCGCCUCGCGCUACACUUCCGCGAGCGUCCCAAAGUACCGGAUAGGCAAGGACGGCAUUCCCAAGGAGGCGGCGUAUCAAAUGAUUCACGACGAGCUGCUGCUAGAUUGUAACCCGCGCCUCAACCUCGCGUCCUUCGUCACCACGUGGAUGGAGCCCGAGUGCGACCAACUCAUUAUGGAGUCGCUCAAUAAGAACUAUAUCGACAUUGAAGAAUACCCCAUCACCAACGAUCUGCAGGAGCGGUGCGUGAACAUCAUCGCGAAUCUCUUUCACGCGCCGCUGGGCGAGUCGGAGGGCGCGGUGGGCGUGGGCACGGUGGGGUCGUCGGAGGCCAUCAUGCUGGCGGGGCUGGCGUUCAAGCGCCAGUGGCAGAACAAGCGCAAAGCGCAGGGCAAGCCUUACGACAAGCCCAACUUCGUCUGCGGCUCCGAAGUGCAGGUGUGCUGGGAGAAAUUCUCCAACUACUUCGAAGUGGAGACGCGGUUCGUGAACGUGAAGGAAGGGUCGUUCGUCAUGGACCCGCACGAGGCCGUGGAGGCCGUCGACGAGAACACUAUUUGCGUCGCGGGCAUUCUCGGGUCCACCUAUAACGGGGAAUUCGAGAACAUCAAGCUUCUCAACGACCUUCUCGCGGAGAAGAACGCCAAGACAGGGUGGGACACGCCGAUCCACGUCGACGCGGCGAGCGGCGGGUUCGUGGCGCCGUUCCUGUUCCCGGACCUGGAGUGGGACUUCCGGCUGCCGCUCGUCAAGUCCAUCAACGUGAGCGGCCACAAGUUCGGGCUCGUGUACCCGGGCGUCGGGUGGGUGGUGUGGCGCUCCAAGGCCGACCUCCCGGAAGACCUCGUCUUCCACGUUAACUACCUGGGCGCCGAUCAGCCCACGUUCACGCUCAACUUCUCCAAAGGUGCGAGCCAGCUGAUCGCGCAGUACUACCAGUUCAUUCGCCUGGGCUUCGAGGGCUACCGCAAGAUCAUCAGCAACUGCCACGCUAACGCGGCCUACCUGCGACAGGAAAUUGUCGAUAUGGGCUGCUUCGACAUCUACUCUAAGGAGGUCGGCGUGCCGCUCGUAACUUUCGGGCUCAAGGAUAGGAGCAACUUCACGGAAUACGAAAUCGCGGAUCUGCUGAAGCAAUUUGGCUGGAUCGUGCCUGCUUACACCAUGGCGCCUGAUCUCGAGCAUGUGACUAUGCUGCGCGUGCUUGUGAGGGAGGAUUUCUCCCGUUCUCUCGCGGAUCGGUUUUUCUCGGACCUGAAAAUGACGGUGAAGAUUCUCGAAGAUAGGGCGGCGCAGCUGCCCCGCCCGCUUGCGCCUGCUACCGCCGCUGAUGCGCCAGCAGCUGCCGCAGAAGCUGCCGCAGCUGUUGCGCAUCCACCUGCGCCUGCCGCGGCGGCACCUGCUGCGGGGAAGAAGCUGGCGCGCAACUUGGCAGACGACGAAAAGUACACGUUUUCCCCGAUAGCAGGGACGCGUUUGAUGCCACCUAACCAGGGCGUGGAGCACACCCAUUCUCCGGAUCCUUCUGCCCUGCGGCAGCGCACAUUCCGUGUAUUCAAGAAGAACAGCAUCGCUAAGACGAAUGGUGUGUGCUAGAUGGUGUGAUCUGGUAUUAGAAAGCGGAGAUGGUACUGUAUGCUUAGCAGAAAUUAUAUGCAAUUCAA